AAGUUUACCGACGUCACGGCCCGAGUGAUUUCAUGUAGAAGGGCGCCGCCUUGUGUUCUCUUGCUUCACUUAGCGAUAAGUGACACUAGGAGGGGAAGCAGUACAAACUGUAAGCUGCUGGCGGAUCCAUCUUGCUCGUACAAGAGGCGAGGUUGGAGGCUUUUAUCAGUUUAGUAUCUAAAAUACUGUAUCGUUCCCCGUUAACCGCGCUGGGGAGGCCAAGGCGGGCCUGUGCCGCUGUUUGUAGGAUGUCCCGACAUGAGGGUGUGAGCUGUGAUGCAUGUUUAAAAGGGAACUUUAGAGGAAGACGGUUUAAGUGUUUAAUUUGCUACGACUACGACCUGUGCGCAUCGUGCUACGAGAGUGGAGCCACAACAACAAGACACACCACAGAGCACCCCAUGCAGUGUAUAUUAACCAGGGUAGACUAUGACUUGUAUUAUGGAGGAGACACUUUUUCAGUAGAGCAACCGCAGUCAUUCACAUGUCCUUAUUGUGGCAAGAUGGGCUACACAGAGACAUCCCUGCAGGAGCAUGUCACCUCAGAACAUGCAGAGACUUCCACAGAGGUGAUCUGUCCAAUAUGUGCUGCCUUGCCAGGAGGGGACCCCAACCACGUCACAGAUGAUUUUACAGCUCACCUCACACUUGAACACAGAGCCCCAAGAGAUUUAGAUGAGUCCAGCAGUGUUCGACAUGUACGCAGGAUGUUCCACCCUGGACGAGGACUGGGCGGUCCCAGAGCACGACGGACAAAUAUGCACUUUACUAGCGGCUCCACGGGUGGACUUUCGUCCUCCUCAUCACAGAGCUCCACCUACACCCCCAGUAACAGGGAAGCAAUGGACCCAAUCGCAGAGUUGCUGUCUCAGCUGUCAGGUGUUCGACGUGCGGCAGGGGGGCAAAUAAACUCAUCAGGGCCUUCAGCCUCUCAGCUCCAGCAGCUCCAGAUGCAACUGCAGUUGGAGCGGCAGCAGGCUCAGGCAGCACGACAACAAGUAGAGACGGGUCGCCACGCGACACGGCGCAGCAACAACCCGGGCAACACUGGCAACGCCAUCCCUCCACCCAGCACAGCAACCGCCAACCCUGCCACUGUGGGUGAAAACAAUCCCUCAUCCUCGUCCCACAGCUCCCAGUUCCUAUUAGCACGGUUGAAUGAACCUAAGAUGUCCGAAGCAGAGCGGCAGUUUCUAGAAGGAGAGCGCGCCGACCGCAGCCUGUUUGUACAGGAGCUGCUUUUAUCCACGCUGAUGCACGAAGAGAGCUCUUCUUCUGACGAGGAAGAACGUCGAGACUUCGCCGACUUUGGAGCCAUGGGCUGCGUGGAUAUCAUGCCUUUAGAUGUGGCGUUGGAGAACCUCCAGCUUAGAGAGCGCAGCUCUACGGGGAAGGAGCCUCCGCCGCCGCCUCUUUGAUGUCCGAGGAUCAAGCAGACUGUGUCCUCUCUGCUGCAACUGUCAGUGAUGGGCAGCAAACAGCAGCAGCAGUCCUCCCUGGCCUCAUCCUUCUUUCUCUCUUCUCUAUUUUCUGAGUUUGUUUUUGGUGAUUGUAAUUUCAGGCCUUUCACCAUUUUGUUACAUUGUAAACAAAAAUAAAUGAGAGCAAGUGGGAUAAAUGUGCGAGUGCGCAAUAGCAACUGAGUGAGCGAGCGAGAUGAGAGAAAUAUAUAAAUAUAUAUAAAAUAUAUAUGAAGUUGAUAAUCAAUCCACAUAACGUUUCUUUUCUUUAUCAGGUAAAUGUUACAGGCAGCCGUGGCAGACCUUUGCUUCCUGUGACAUGCAAAUGGCUCUCCAUAUAAAUAAUCCACAUUCAAAAGUCAAGAGGGCAAAGGCUCCUCUGAUGAAGCUGCUGUGUGUUAUGACUAUUAAUAAAUAAAAAGUGCUUGGAUGGGUUACCAUAACUACUGCAUGCAGUUAUUUGCAGCGUGCAUGACUUUUAAUGACAUUGUCAUUAAAACUUUAAAAAAGAUAUCCCAAAGCUUUCAACUGUUUUCAAAUGGCUAUUUCAAACAUGGUUAAGUAUUGGAAAUUGAGUAGUUCACAUAACCAAUAUGCAGAAAUUGAACUCUAACAAUAUAUUUUCUUUCUUUUUUUCUUUUUCUUUUUUUGAACAAGUCUAUAUGAUGAAGAGAAAACGAGUGGAUUAUGCAGUAGCUUCUGAAGAAAUGUGUCUCCGCAGCACCUCUCUGACGACUGUCUGAAUAUGUCGAUUGCUACAGAGCUACGACUUCAUGCAUCGGAUGAUAACUAAGAACAGAAACAAAGAGAGCUUUCCUCUGAAUUGUUUUCCUAGAUGUUUAGUGAGAAACUGUUUAGGCACAGUAUACUUCAUUAUUUAUAGUCAAGUGCAGGCGCCCAACUACAGUAUGUCCAUUGCUCCUUCACACUCGUUUCUGGCGUUCACUCUGCUCGUGUACAGGCCCAGUGUCAGACCACGUUCUUUAGAUGGCUUCUUUGAAUUUCUUUUCGGGUUAACAGGAGCUUGAGACUUUCCAAACUGCCAUUUUGUUUGUUUUUAAGAGAAGGCAAUCUUAUUUUAUCUGCUAAGGUUAGCACUUUCUAUUUAUUCAUGUUUUGUUUUUCUGAUUCUUUUGAGCCUUGAUAUGAAUCAUGCCACCUUCAUGCCUAUACUAUUACCCUCUGUGUAAAAUACAAUGAGAUGUAUAUUGAAUUUGUGCGUUAACUUUCAUAAUGGUUCUUAGACAUGGGCAGACAUUUUUUUUAACUGUAAAUUUAGAAUAAAAUAAAUAUAAACUGCG